GCGGGCGCUGUGGCCGCCUCGCGUCCCGGCCGCAGGCGCCGCCGCUCCCCUGACGUCCGAGCCGAGGCCCGCCCGCCGCAGCUCGGUUCCCCCGCCCAGGCGCCCCCGCCCCCCGGCCGCGCCAUGUGAGGGGCAGCUCCCGCCACCGCCUCUUCCUCCCCGCGCCUCCCGCCCGCCCCCGCCGCCUCAGCCCCCGCCAUGGACGCGCACUACGCGCCCGCGGGCUUCGCUGAGCCUCCCGCGCCUCCCGCCAGCGCCGCCACGCAGCCCGCUGCUCCCGCCUGGGCCUACGAAGCCCGGGUUCCGGCCGCCGCCUCCAGCCCCAGCUGCAGCGGCAGCAGUCCCAGCCUCAAGGCCAGCUAUGAAGAUGGACAUCCCUCCCAGUCUGAAUCAGAUGUUCUUCAAAGGCAGACAUUCACAGCCUCUCAUCAGCUUCCUGGAUAUGCCACCACUCCUCACGCGACUGGCAUGCAUUCUUCAGCAGCGCCCGAGCUGUUUGUCCCAGGACCCUUGCCACCCACUGGAACACUUCCACCACCAACCUUGUCUGCUUAUCAGCAUCCAGCCACCUUUAGCAAUAGAAACUUUGUGACCACCUCACCUUUGGUGCUUCAAGAUUCAUCUUUUAACACUACAUCAAAUGGAAUUUUAAACCCUCAUGACCCUUUGCUACAAAUUAAGACUUCCCAGGGAACUGUUCCAACUGCUUUGGCAUUUGAGCGCCUGGGCAGUUCUGCAUUAAGUAACAGCAUACCACCUCAGUCUUCAACAUACCGCUCAGCUCAAGAGUCAGCGCCCCAUCUUUUACAACCUCAAUUUAGUUUGUUGCCUUCAACACUUGGGGGAGCCCAGCAAACCCCUCAUGCCUAUAGUUCAGCUCUUUUUACUAGUUCUGCUGCUUCCAUUGAAAGAGCCCUUCUUCGAGAAUGUAGUGUUAUUAAACACCACCAGCGGCCUUCAGUUACCCAGUCUAUUCAGGCACAACUGACUGGUUCACAGCAUCCCUUACAUAGUUACCUAUCAAGUGCAAGUAUUGGUAAUUUUCAGGAAACAUCCAGGCAGUCGUCUUUAUCCUGUAGUUCAAUUCGAGAUUCUACUCAGGUGAGCAAUGGAGUAUUGCAGCAGAAGACCCCUCAGGUCUCAGCAGAACUUGCUCAGUCUUAUUCAUCUGUAAUUCCAUCAUCAGGGUAUCUUCCUUCUGCUACAAAAGUAGACAGCUGUUCUACAAAACAGCCACUAACACCAACUACAAUCCCGAAGCCUCAAAGUGUAAUUCCUCCCGUGCAAACACUAAAUUAUUCUAAACCUUUACAUAACCAGAGUUCUGUAAUAUCAGGUCAAGCACAAAUUUAUUCUACAGCACAACUACCAAGCCUUCUAUCAGUCAGUCAGUCCCAAAAUUAUGGUUUAGUACAGCCACAUAAUGUGCCAUCUAUUGUUCAUUCACAGGUUUAUAGGUCCAACAGGGUUGAUAAAUUGCCAUCCUUAUACAAAACAUUGACUUUUUCUGGGUCAUCUCAGCCUGUAACCUCUGAAAACCAGACACUUAGUUAUUCAUCUAAUCAGCAAGAAGUAUUAUCUUUAGUUACAAAUGAGAAUUACCCUGCUCAAACAAGAGACCUGUCAUCAGUCAGUGAGUCUCAAGAUUAUUCUUCUGGUCACUCUCAGGGUUUAUCACCAGUUAGCCAAACACAGGUCAGUUAUUCAUCUCAGUCUCAAGUUUUAUCAGUUGUUAGUCCUUCAGAAAGCUAUGCAUCAGGACAGUCUCUGACAUUAACAGCCCCUUCUCUUUCUUAUUCUUCUGCCUCUCGGGGUCAGAGCUUACCAGUUUCUACCCCAACACCAAAUUAUUCUUCUAUGCAUUCAUCCCCAAAUACUCAGACCCAAGGAUCUUCUCCUCCUCAGCCCCAAAAGUUUUUGCCUGUUGUUCAGUCAUCUUUUGCAUCCUCUACUGGUGGUCACUCAUUACAAAGUAGCAUACCUUCCCCUGAUCCAAAGUCUUAUGCUGAAAGAAAACUUGACUCAAAUGUGUAUACAUCUUCAAAGCAAGAUGAUUUUCCAGUGCAAAAAUUACAGGCAUUGCAGUCACAAGCAUCUCUUGAAUCAUCAAGCCAAAGGCUACCUGAUGGGGAAGUGAAUGCUCAAGAGUCAAUUUUUAAGACAUCAAAGGCAGAUGAUAGGUAUUCUCAGAGUAUAACCAGAAAUAACUCUCAUCUUGAAGAUCAAGUUGUUGGAGUUGCUCUCCAGGGUUCAAAACAAGAAGAAAACAUGGUUGGUUCAAUGACACAACUUAACCAGCAAAGUGGCCAGCCCAAUAAUGCAGUAGCCCCUGAUCUUAAGAAAGCAACUAAUUUAAUGCAAACUCCACAGAUAAGGUUGAAUACUAAAGAUCUCAACCAGCAGCAUUCUCUUGUGCACAAGAUGCAUGAAGCAAAGGUUCAGCAACAGCAUGAUCAAAUAAUUAGUGCCUCAUCUCAGAUACAGAUGCCAAAUCAUGCUUUAGGGCAUAGUCACCAGGCUCUUCCUAACACUCCAGUCCUUUUAGACUCUGCCUGUGACUUACAGAUUCUUCAGCAGGCUGGGAUUCUACAGGCGAGCCUGGGACAAGCAAAGACAUCCUUGCAAGUACAGCGUGUUCAGAGUCCACAACAGAUAGUACAUCCUUUCCUACAGAUGGAUGGUCAUAUCAUCCAGAGCAAUGGUGAACAUCCUCAACAGCAGCUCCAUCCUCAGAACUCUGAUAUUAUGAAACUAGACCUCCCUGAACCUUCAAAACCAUUGCAACAGCUAACAACAAAGGGCCCCUUCAGUGAAACCAAUCCACAUGAUUCAAAGAACCAGUUUGUUUCUCUUGGAUCAAUAUGCUUCCCAGAGGCAAUGCUUCUCAGUGAUGAAAGAAAUAUUUUAUCAAAUGUAGAUGACAUCUUAGCAGCUACAGCAGCAGCUUGUGGGGUUACACCUUCUGACUUUUCCAAGUCAGCUGCAAAUGCAACCAUGCAAGAUAUUGAAAGUAGUGAUUCGAAGUCUCAUUAUCAGCAAUCAUUAGAUGUCAGGCAUGUAAAUUCAGAUUUUAACUCCAUAACAGCUACAGUAGGAAAGCCACAGAGUAUUAAUGAUAUUUCCUUAAAUGGAAAUCAGGUUAGUGUAAACCUUUCAUCUGUGCCCACCCUUCAGUCAGAAACAGUCCUUGAUCAACCACAUAUGGAAACACCUAGUCAAAAUAUGCCAACUAAAGUACCUUCUGCCAUGGUUGGACUGAGUCAAGAGAUCCAGGAACAAAGUUCUGACCCAUUUAAGAAACAGUUGACUAUAAACCAUGAGUCUAAAGAAGACAGGGAAAUUGCUGUUGACAGUGCAUCGAAUAAUAACAGAAAUCAGGAGUUUGUCUCUAAUAGUCGGAGCAUAGGUGGAGACAGUGUAGUAUCAGAGACUGACUUUACCCUAGUAGGUGAUGACAGUGGUAUGUUGGUGAGCCAUAGGAGGAGUACACUUGCACUGCUGCCCAUGUCCCAGCCAGGGGAUGCAGCCAGUGGCAAGACUGGAGAAGAAAAGCAAGAUGUAAUAUAUUUUAACCUUCCAAAGGAAAAAGCUAAAGGAAAAGAACAAGGUAAAGAGGAAGAAGAUAGUCAAAAACAGCUGAAAAAGUCUGCUCAGUGCAAGCGACAGAACCCCAGAGGGACAGAUGUAUAUUUACCAUAUGCAUCCCCUUCCUCAGAAAACUGUGAUGAAGGUUUCCAGCACCAAGAAAAGAUGAGGCAGAAAAUCAAGGAAGUGGAGGAAAAGCAGCCAGAGGUCAAAACAGGAUUUAUUGCUUCUUUUUUAGACUUCCUGAAGUGUGGGCCCAAGCAGCAGUUUUCUACCCUUGCUGUCCGAGUACCUAAUAGGACCAGACGGUCAGGAGCCCAAGUCACCCGGACCUUCUGCCCCCCACCAUUUGCAAAGACAUCACCUGCAACACAUUCGCCAUCUGAGACUGGAGGGGUCAGUCUAUCAGAAAAAGUUGACAAUGAACUUAAAAAUUUAGAACAGUUAUCUUCAUUUUCUUCUGACGAGGAAGAUCCUGGCACGUGUGGCCAUGAUAUCUAUAAGAACACUUCCGCUCCCUUAACUGUGUUGGAUACUACUUCUGAUAAAACAAAGAAAACAGUAUCAGAAGCUCUGCCUGUGGCACAUCCUGGCGCAUCCGCUGAGACUGCUGGUGUUGCUUCCACUCCCUCCACUGUUGUUGGGACAGUUAAACAAGACCUUCAUUUGACUUCAUUAGCUGUCAACACCAUGGAAAAUGCCAACUCCACAGAACCCCCCACAGCCAUCGAACUUGAUAGUCUUCCCUCAGAUCAGAUGGCGAAAGGACAGGACACAGUCGCAAUAGAAGGUUUUACAGAUGAGGAAAAUAUUGAAAGUGGAGGUGAAGGUCAAUACAGAGAACGUGAUGAAUUUGUUGUAAAGAUAGAAGACAUAGAGACCUUUAAGGAGGCUUUAAAUACAGGAAAAGAGCCCCCAGCUAUUUGGAAAGUACAGAAAGCUUUGUUACAGAAAUUUGUUCCUGAAAUUCGAGAUGGGCAGAGAGAAUUUGCAGCUACAAAUAGUUACCUUGGGUAUUUUGGAGAUGCAAAAACUAAAUACAAAAGGAUAUAUGUGAAGUUCAUUGAAAAUGCAAACAAAAAGGAAUAUGUCAGAGUAUGUUCCAAGAAGCCAAGAAAUAAGCCUUCACAAACUAUCAGAAAUAUUCCAUCUAAGCCAAGUAGUAUCAGUAAAACUUCUGACCCACCAGUAUCAAAAACUACAACUACAAAAGCCCCUUCUACAAAACCCAAAGCUAAACAGCUCAAAAUAAAGGCUGAGCCACCACCAAAGAAAAGGAAGAAAUGGAAGGAAGAAUUUUCAUCAUCACAAUCUGAAUCAUCUCCUGAGGUCCGUUCUAGCAGUAGUGAGGAUGAGGGCUUCGAGCCUCCAGCUCCCUCUGUCACUCGUUUUCUGAACACAAGAGCAAUGAAGGAAACUUUCAAGAGUUACAUGGAGUUGCUCGUUAGCAUCGCCCUGGAUCCUGACACCAUGCAAGCCCUAGAAAAGAGCAACGAUGAGCUACUUUUACCACAUAUGAAAAAAAUAGAUGGAAUGCUGAAUGAUAACCGGAAAAGACUUCUUGGGAAUCUUCAUUUAGACCAGCCAUUCAAGAAUGCUUUGGAAAGUUUUCCUGAACUGACAAUUAUUACUCGAGACUCUAAAGCAAAGAGUGGAGGAUCUGCUAUUUCUAAAAUCAAAAUGAAUGGCAAAGCUUAUAAUAAGAAAACUCUAAGGACUUCUAAAACAACCACUAAGUCUGCACAGGAGUUUGCUGUUGAUCCAGAGAAAAUACAGUUAUAUUCGUUAUAUCAUUCACUCCAUCAUUAUAAAUACCAUGUUUAUCUGAUAUGUAAGAAUGAGAUAUCAUCUGUGCAGAAAAAAAAUGAAGAUUUAGGACAGGAAGAAAUUGUUCAACUUUGUAUGAAAAAUGUAAAGUGGGUGGAGGACCUAUUUGAAAAAUUUGGAGAACUUCUAAAUCAUGUACAACAGAAAUGUUCCUAACACAGAAUCCCACCUUUUUAUAGCACUAAUGACGUGUGGAAGGCUAGUGUCACAGAUAAUGCAGUCCUCUGGCAGAGGCCUCUUGUAGCAUCCCCCUGCUGUGGGGUACUGUGACCAGACCUUUACUGAAGAAGUGGUGCUGCCACAGAAGCCAGUCCUUUUAUCCUAAUGAAUGGCUUUUCUAUUUUAUAAACUGUGGGGUGACUGAAAGAUUUCAGAAACAUCUUUUGUCAAAUGAUAAAGCAUGCACUAAGUAUAAUUUUAUUGCUAGAGAAAUAACAUUGACAUGAUCUGACUUUUCCCCCAUGGCGUGUCAGAAGUAAAGAGACAGCAAAAAGCAUUCGUGUCUGGCCACAGUGCAGAAAGCACUGUGUGUUGUGGAAAGUGAUCUGGGGUGUGGCAUCCUGUGUAAAAAUGUCUUCAGUGUAAACCAUGAAACUCAGCAGCUGCACUCGCUGCACUCUGCCUGGUGGGCUCCUCCAACUUGUCCAGGAGGGAAGGGUGGAGCUGUGCAGUUCUGUGGCUGCUUUACAUUGUGAUGAGAAAAAAGUGACAUACUAUUUUCCCUGUUUCAAAGAAAAGUAUUUUUGCUUAUAGUGUGUUUUUCCUUUGGAAAUUUUUCAAUUGUACAUUUUAUUUUACUAAUAGUUGUAUUUUUCACAAGAAAAUUUGCUUUUAAUUGUUCUUUCUGUACGUUGUUUUCAGUAAACCCUGUGUAGGUACGUGUCAUUUGCAUCAUAGAUUCUGUCUUGAAGUGGACAUUUUUGUUCAUACCCUUUUGCCAUAGUAUUACUCAGAAGAUUCAUUCGGUGCUAGAAUUAGUUUAGCUUUAUAAAUGGGACUGUGUGAAACACUGCGUUUAAUUUCAUAUUUCAUAUAAUAAAUUUCUUACCAAACUA